AGUCUGUACACGGAGACAUAUUUUCCCGUCGGUUGGCGCAAACCUGCAAACCGGCUUUUGACGGUGAAUUUGUCGAGUAAAUUGAACGAAUCCUCCGCGAAAGUAAUUCAGUUAUCCAGACAGAAUCUGUAACGGCCCGAUCACAGAAAGUCCAGUAAAAUUUCCCGUCCGUUACGGUUUUUUGUGCAGUCCCAACGUGGAAGGCCUGCCACUGAACCAUUUCCUGGCUAGUGUAAAAAAUAACUGCUAAACAGGUCGUAUGUAUGCCCUCUUCACAAAUACGUACAAAUACGAAACUAUUUUGCCAUUGUUUUUCUUGGAUUGUUCUCUUUUUCGAACCAGUCCGAAAUCCCAUACCUAGAAAAUUAAAGUUAAAAACUCGCUGGAGCGCAGAUUCAAAGGCCUCCGAUGAUAUUGACGAAAACAAGGUAAAUCUUUUAUUUUCGUAAUCGGGGGAAUUCUUGUACUACAUAAUUGAAUUUGUCUCCAAAACCCCCCGAUCGGAAACCCCCCCUGCGGAUACGACGCGAAAAGCUAAUUUUUUCGCGGAAUUUUCCUUCUGUAUCUGGGCUCUCGGGAUCGAAACCCUUUAUUUUCAAAUUGUGGAAACCCAAUCAAGAAACUUCUAUUCGUUUGCGUAGCAGAGAAAAAGAUCCAUCUCUAGGGUUUGUGGAAAUACAAAGAGGGCCAAGGAAUGUUCUUUGGGGACAGAGAGCGAAGUUUUACUAAGGCAUUAUUUUAUUAGGGUUUUAGCGCUUUAAUGGCUGAUCACGAUGACGAGGAGUUGCAAAUGGCAUUACGGAUGAGCCUGCAGCCGCCCCCGGAGGCGAAGCGGAGUAAGCCCAGGGAAAAUGUAGGUACCGGUGCUUCGAUGGAGGGCUCCGAGGCUAGUGCUCGGCGUGAGCAGCGCGAGCUUCGCGCGGCCGCCGCAGAGAAAAGAAUGUUAUCUGCUCAGACGCCUCUAGUGCAGACUGUAAGCCCUCCUGUACACAUGCAGCAGGGUUCGGUCAAGGCGGAGGUAAAAGAAAGGCCCUUGACGGUGGAGAAAUCGUCGCCUCAACAAGUUUACAGAGGAAAAAGGAGCAUCGACGAAGAUAGUCAGGGUCUGUCUGUUCAACAGUCGGAACAAUUAUAUAGCAUGGUCUUCGGGCGGCAAGUUACCAGAGACAUCCUGUCUCAGUGGUGUAAUCAGGGUUUCAGGUUUAGUUCUGAACCUGGUACAUCUAUGGGCCUGGUGCAACUAGAAGGAGGACCUUGUGGUGUUCUUGCGCCAAUUCAGGCAUUGGUCCUUAAGUACCUUUUGUUUGUGCAUGAGGAAGGAGGUGGGCCUUCCAUCAAUCUGCUACAACAUAACCUUGGGUAUGCAGAUGCGACAAUGCCAGAACAUAAACAGACAAGAGCAUUGGUAUUAGCAAUGGCGGAAACAUUAUGGUUAGCUGGAAGGAGAAACAGAGCUGUUAUUGCUACAUUGAAUAUUCACUAUCCUCAGCCCAGCAAUCAUGCCAAAGAUGGUCAAAAUGACGAGAUGAUUGCUAGAGCACUGGAGGGCCUUUCCAUUAAUUCUGCUUCAGAAUUGCAGAAUGUCCUGAGAAUAAAUGUAUUUACUUCUACGAGCGCUCUUGUACAGAAACUUAGGGAUAUCCUUCCUAUAUUUCAAAGUCGUAUGGGAGCACUAUUAUUCCUUUUCUCAGCAUUGCUUUCAAGAGGAUUGGAUGCCAUUCAAGCUGAUAGGGAUGAUCCAGGGCCACCAUUAGUCACUGAUCCCUUUGGACAUGCAUCACAGGAGAUUGUAAAUUUAUUACUUUGUGGACAUGCAGCCUCCAAUGUUUUUGAUGACCGUAUGGAUUUGGGUGAUGGUUUAUUUCUGAAAGGGAUACCUACUAACGUGGAAGUAGGAUUUCUUUCGUUGCUGGAGUCACUUAAUUUUUGCAAGGUUGGCCAAUAUCUUAAACACCCCAGGUGGCCAAUUUGGGUAGUUGGCAGUGAGUCACAUUAUACAGUAUUGUUUGCUCUUGAUACUAAUGUGCAGAAGGAAAAUGAACUGGAGGAUCGCGAAUUACAAAUUCGCAAGGCUUUUGAUGCUCAUGAUCAGAGUGGUGGAGGAGGUUUCAUCAGUUCAGAUGCCCUACAACAGUUGCUCAAAGACAUGAAGAUUGACAUGCCUCAUGAUAAAUUAGAAAGUCUUUGCAGUACAGACUUUGUUGUCUGGAACGAAUUUUGGCAAGUUCUGAUGCAGCUUGACAUAAGUUUGGGAGGGCUGAAAGAUUCCAGUGGUCUCAAUGGUAGGAAGCAGUUUGACUUGUAUCAUUUCAAUGGGAUUGCAAAAGCUGUAAUAAAUAACAUGCAAAAUGCUGGAGAAGCAUUGGAGCAGAGGCCCAGGCUAACAAAAUUACGUGUUUCUGUGCCUCCAAAAUGGACCCCUGAAGAAUUUAUGGCAGAUGUAUCAUCAUCACAUGAUGUUGGUCCAAGUGGGAAGGAUGGUUCUGGUGAACUUCAAGGUCCAUCUUUGUCAAAGGACGAGCCUGCACAACAUGCUCCACUUGUAGAUUGUAUUCGUACCCGUUGGCCUAGAGCUGUAUGUAAUUGGUUUGGAGAUCCUCCCAGCAUUGUUUGAUGGUUGUACCUUAAAGAGGUUGUAGCAGGAUUAGGUAAGAAUAUAUUGCCUGUACUUCUGGUUGCAACUGAGGUUCUUUGCUCAGUAAAUGAUAGAGAAUGUCCAUAAUGAGUUUGCAGAAGAGUAAGAAAAAGAAUUGCUCUGAUCAACAUUUCAACUGCAAGAAACAUGCACAACCCCUUUCGUGGUUUGGAGCAUACAUUGAAAGCAGCUUCUAGUGGAGUUAUAGAAUAAUUUUUUAAAACUUGGUCUUGGUAUGUUUAAUAGCUUUACCACGAGCCAAAAAAGUGGUUUCUUGUAAAAUGAUCCUGAUUAUGAGUCGUUUUAAUUGUGCAGUGGUGUUGACCUUAUUUUAGUGGUCAACACUUACAAACUGUUGACAAGUGCUUUAAUUUCUGCUUAGCAUCAUUAAUUCCACACACAUCACAUAGUUUGUAAACAUUGGACAAUUAUCCUCGACAAACACAGAGAACCCUGACGAGCCCAGAAUGUUGUUCCUUUUCUAUUUUUGUCAUAGUGCGAGAAUGUAUUAUGUUGGUUGUGGCUAUGGUUGUUUCUGAUUGUAUUAGUCAAUCAGGGAACCAUGAAUCAGGCUUAUCUCAUUCAAUAGCCUGUAUUUACGGGACAAUUGCAUGUCAAGUAUUCAGCUUAUUCCUUCUUUCUCUGUGGAGUGUACUCGCACUUUCUGUAGAUUAUCAUUACAGAGUAAAGCAAAGCAACAUGCCUUGACCGUGGUACUGUGAGGUGGAAUUGUAUUGUCAUAUCGAAGGAAUAUAUUUCUUGUUUUUCCUUUGUAA